AUGCCCAGGGCAGUGACAAGAAUGGGCUCCCAGAGCUUGAAGGAGCCAGAUAGUUCAGAAGAGGAAAUGGAAGGUGUUUUCUGGGAUGUCAGGGGGGAUUUGGGGCAGCUGAAGGACAGCGGGCCCUCCCAACAGCCCAGCGACAUUGAAGGGCUCAGAGUGCGAAAGACGAGCCGGCCGCUGAGAUCGAAGGCCAGGAGGAUCGCUGCCAAUGUUCGAGAGCGCAAGAGGAUCCUGGAUUAUAACCAAGCCUUCAAUGCCCUCCGGCUGGCCCUCAAACAUGACCUCAGUGGCAAACGGCUGUCCAAGAUCGCCACCCUCAGAAGGGCCAUCCACCGGAUCGCCUCCCUGUCCAUGUUCCUGCGCUCUGGCUCUGCUGCUCGGUGGCCCUGCAGCCAUCAGGAAUGUCGGAUCCAUUAUGGCAGGGUCCAAGAGGAGGAAACUGGCUGGGAUGGUCACCCACAGUCCUUCCAGAUCCCCAUGGACUACAGCUACGGAGAGGCUGCUCUUCCCUUCCAACCACACCCUCCUUCUCCUCUCUCCUUGAAAUACUCUCCUGAGACUCAGCUUUCCUCCCAAGUGGAAAGUCAGAAGGAGGAUCCUGUCCCUCCCAACGCUGUCUACCACUCCAGUGGGAGCUGUCCUUUUGGGGAACAGCCCCCUUGCUAUCCAAAGUACGUGGACAACCUCCGAGCUCCCUCUGCGAGAGCGAUUCCCUGGCAGCUUGGGUACCUCCGAGGACCAGGGCCUGGUUGUCCCCAGUCUUUGCCCCUGCACUGA